CCCCUUACAUAAGACAGCAUGUUUAUAUCUUUCUUAAACAUAGGUACUCCCUAAGCAUUUCUUUAUUUUAGACUUAUUUGUGAGGUGGAUGUAUUCAGGAAGACAUCAUGGGAUGAAGAAAAGCCUCGGCCAUUCAUUUAUUCAUGCAUUUAUUUACUGAAACAUAAUUAUCAGGCUCCUACCAUAUGCCAGUCUCUCUUGUAGACACUGAGGAUACAGAGGCGAGCAAUAUCUUCAGCAUUUUUGGUGACCGUUGAGUAUCCAUCCAAGAAGUUUCCUUGAAUGCGUGCAAAAAGAAGUAUCACUCCCACGCCCUCCUCGAUAUUACCGCCUUACCCUGAAGCGGAGAUGAGGUCCAAGCACUUGAAGAACUGAAUUAAACGGCCGCAGGAGCCUGGCGUGAGCGACAGAGUGGAGCAGGAAUCCCGCACCGUGGACUCGGCAGGACCCCGGAGCGCGCCACCGCCCAGUCCGGGGCGGGGCGUGGACUCGGUUCCCGGGGCAAUGCUCGCCUCCGCCGGAACCCCCCAGGGGGCGCUCGCGCCGAGGUUUCCGAACUAGUAUCUCGCGGGUUGCUGGGCGCAUGGGUUUCGUCAGAAGGUGGAAAUCUCUCUGAGAAGCUGCCAUCUCCCCGCCAGCCGCUCGCAUCCCCUUCUCUUCCUUCCUUCCUCCUUUCCUUCCUCCCUCUGUCCUCUCCGCUCCCUCCCUCUUUCCCCAGUACCUUCCACUUUACUCUCAGAGUUAACCGAGGGCUGAGCCGCUACCCCCAACAUUUCCACCCUGUCCCCAGCCCCCAUCACAAAGAAUGGAGUCAGGGUUUCCGGAGAGACCAAACUCUCCUUUCAGCGUCUUUUCCAUCCGCUGUUGCUAAACUGGCCUCAGAGGACGAGGGGGGAGGGAAGUGAGAUCCCCCUUACACCCCCACACAACUACAACACCAACCACCUCCACUUCAAAGCCGGAUUUUGCAUCCUGGGGGCGGGACAGACCUCGUCCCGGGCUGAAUUCUCUCUCUACUCUUCGAGGUUGGCACACCCAGAAUGAAGAAGAUGAGCAACAUCUAUGAGUCGGCUGCCAAUACGCUGGGGAUCUUUAACAGCCCCUGCCUGACCAAAGUUGAGCUGCGCGUGGCGUGCAAAGGCAUUUCCGACAGAGAUGCUCUUUCUAAACCAGACCCCUGUGUCAUCCUCAAGAUGCAGUCCCACGGGCAGUGGUUUGAGGUUGACAGAACGGAGGUGAUUCGCACCUGCAUAAACCCAGUGUAUUCAAAACUGUUUACUGUGGACUUUUACUUUGAAGAGGUGCAGCGCCUGCGGUUCGAGGUCCACGACAUCAGCAGCAACCACAACGGGCUGAAGGAGGCCGACUUCCUGGGUGGCAUGGAGUGCACGCUUGGCCAGAUUGUUUCCCAGAGAAAGCUGUCCAAAUCCUUGUUGAAGCACGGGAACACAGCAGGGAAAUCCUCCAUCACGGUGAUUGCUGAAGAAUUAUCUGGCAAUGAUGACUACGUUGAACUUGCGUUCAAUGCACGGAAAUUGGAUGACAAGGAUUUCUUCAGUAAAUCUGACCCAUUUAUGGAAAUUUUUCGGAUGAAUGAUGAUGCAACUCAGCAGCUCGUGCACCGAACUGAGGUUGUGAUGAAUAACUUAAGCCCAGCCUGGAAAUCAUUCAAAGUAUCUGUAAAUUCUCUAUGCAGUGGAGAUCCAGACCGCCGGCUGAAGUGCAUAGUAUGGGACUGGGACUCCAACGGCAAACAUGACUUCAUUGGAGAAUUCACCUCGACAUUCAAGGAGAUGAGAGGAGCAAUGGAAGGGAAACAGGUCCAGUGGGAGUGCAUCAACCCCAAGUACAAAGCCAAGAAGAAAAAUUAUAAGAAUUCGGGCGUUGUGAUUUUGAAUCAGUGCAAGAUCCACAAGAUGCAUUCUUUCUUGGACUACAUCAUGGGUGGCUGCCAAAUCCAGUUUACAGUAGCUAUAGACUUCACUGCCUCAAAUGGAGACCCCAGGAACAGCUGUUCCCUGCACUACAUCCACCCUUACCAACCCAAUGAAUACCUGAAGGCCUUGGUGGCUGUGGGGGAGAUUUGCCAAGACUACGACAGUGACAAAAUGUUCCCAGCCUUUGGGUUCGGUGCCAGGAUACCCCCAGAGUACACGGUCUCUCAUGACUUCGCGAUCAACUUUAAUGAAGACAACCCAGAAUGUGCAGGAAUUCAAGGAGUUGUGGAAGCCUAUCAGAGCUGCCUUCCGAAGCUGCAACUCUAUGGUCCCACCAACAUCGCCCCCAUCAUUCAGAAGGUCGCCAAGUCAGCAUCAGAGGAGACUAACACCAAGGAGGCAUCGCAAUACUUCAUCCUGCUGAUCCUGACGGACGGUGUCAUCACAGACAUGGCUGACACCCGGGAGGCUAUUGUCCACGCCUCCCAUCUCCCCAUGUCGGUCAUCAUCGUGGGAGUGGGCAAUGCUGACUUCAGUGACAUGCAGAUGCUGGAUGGUGAUGAUGGGAUUCUGAGGUCACCCAAGGGAGAGCCUGUCCUUCGAGACAUCGUCCAGUUCGUACCCUUCAGGAACUUCAAACAUGCAUCUCCAGCAGCCCUGGCAAAGAGCGUGUUGGCUGAAGUCCCAAACCAAGUGGUGGACUAUUAUAAUGGCAAGGGGAUUAAGCCAAAAUGUUCCUCAGAAAUGUAUGAGUCUUCCAGGACACUAGCACCAUGAACUCCACACACUUUUACAGAGUUCUGAAAUACUAUUCCUGCUAAUAUUUAAUACUUCUACUACUCCUGUACUUAAAAAAACACACACAUACACAUCCAAAAAUAGCACGUUUUCGUGAUUUUUAACCAACUGACAAUUUUUUUUGCAUGUGUAGCCCCGAGGCCUGGAUCUGUUAAGCCCUUGUAUUGGUAAAGACUUUUUACAAAGAAACACAAAUACCGAUAACUUAUUCUUUACAUUACAGCAUGUCGCCUUGAAAUAAAAUGGUAUCUGUAUCCGUUUUUUAUACAGGUUUGUUGAAAUUUUGCUAAAUUUCUUAUUAUCUUUACACUGUAAAGCAUUUUGAAACAUUUAUUGAACGUUGAUAGCCAAAACACAUUUGGUUUUAUCCGCUACAGGAUGAGAGAAUUUUCAAAAUGGCAGAUGCAUGGACUGUAUUUUGCAUGUUUAAAAUAAAAAAAAAACAAAAAAAAAACCCGCACUGUUUUUGCAGUUGUUAUCUAUAACUCCUCUCUGCUGAGAAUGGUCCCUGUGCUACAGAACAGGUUUAUCCACCUAGAGGUAGUCUCCUCGUGGGUCUGGGACACUGAGCCCAGCACCUCUCAGAUUUUACUGGGCACGAACUACCUGAGGGUCUUGUCCAAAUUCAGGCUGUGAUGCAGUAGGUCUGCAUGGGCCUGAGAUUCUGCAGCUCUAUCAACGUUCUAGGUGGUGCCCAUGCAGUCCUCAGACCACACUAAGAAUCCUGAGCUUCUAGUCUCCAGGGUAUGAUUGCAGAGACCAUCCGAAGCAGGGCCGCACCUAGUCUGCUUGAGAGUGGCACCUCGUCCCUGCCACAGCACGCAGCUCCUGCCUGUCUCAGAGGUGGGAGUAGAAAGUAAUGAGACUGAUUCCAGAAGCUGCACACCUCCAGUCGGUCUCACUGCUUUAUAGUCACACCUCCUCCUGAAACAGACUAAGGAGAGCUCCUCCAGGCCGGACCCUGCCCUUUAAAAGGAGGUGUCACAUACCACAUACCACGGGAAGGGUUCCAUGUUGAUGGCAGUCCCUAGGAAUGACCUCAAAGAGUCAUUCGGUGGAACCACAACAGGGGAAACUUGUCCAUGGCAAAUGACCAUGCAGCAUGGCUCCCCAGAAAGGUGGCCCACCAAGUUGACCUUUAGGCUUAAUGUGGGGCUUCUUUCUGCCUUUUUUACCCUUCUCGAGAGCAAACUCUGCCAGCAGAAAUGCCUGGAAUCAUUGUUUUGGGUGGAGGUGUUUUGUUUCGACAUAAACUAGCCAGUCUUGAACCAAAGAAUAAAUGUUUCACCGUAUAAUCUUCUCGCAGAGAAAUGGACAAGUAUUUUGCAGGCUUAAAAGGCGCAUAGUAGAACUCAUUUGUGGUCAGAAAGACGGGGAAGUAAAUCAUAAGGCAAAAUAAAACCAUUCGUUGUUUGUUUCUUGAGGGGGGGAAGUAUUAACAAGCAACUCAAAUGCCUUGUACAAUUUCCAGUGUUAUGAUUAUAGAUCCUAACCUUGCAAAUACAUGUCAGCCAAAUGCACAACAUUUUGGGAAUGAUGGUAAAAAUGUAUGACAAAAAAAAUCAUAAAUAUUUAAACUGUAUUGUUUUAUGAAUAAAUUGGGUACUUACAGAAUUU